CAGGGCCGUGCUGCAGCCUGCGGGGGCCGCGGGGAUGGCGCUGUCCCGAGUUGUCCCUGAGUGCGCGCCUCCCUUCGGGGCUGGGUUUGCGGGGCUCAGGAACCCCGCGCCUUUGGGAGAAGGGGUCGGUCUGAGGGAGGGGGAUGGCGGCUGGUAGCGGUGGAGGUACCGUUUCCCGAAAGCAGGGGAAUGGAGGAGACAUGUCCCAUGCCUGUGCGACCCUAGCUAUGCAGGGACCUGGCUUCAGUGCUGUCUGUGUAGUGGCAUAUGGGAUUUCAGGUCUUGUGAGAAAGAGGAAAUUAAGUAGGACUUGUACGUGAAAUACAGAAUGAUUGUGGUGUGAGUUGUUCUGAGGUCUAAGGACACACACAUAUUUAAUACCACAAAAUUCUGACUGUUUUCUCAACCUCAGAGCCUUAGUGAGUUGUGAUGCUGUCAGAUUUGGUCUCUUCAGUAGGUCUGUUUUAGACUGCAACUGGCGGGUAUUACUUCGGAGUGUCCCGUGUGGAAAGUUGAGCAUGUCCUAAAGUUAGUAAGACUCACAGGAAGUUUGAUUAUUAAGUACUUAGAUGUUCCUCUGUUACUUCACAUUUGAGGUUUUUUUGGUUGGUUGGUUUUUUUUUUUUUACUAGUUGUAAAACUGUCGGCCUAUGCAUGCUUUGUGUCAAAUCAGUUUAGCUGUUUCCUGAUUUCUGUAUGAAAUGUGUGCCUCUGAGAAACCAGUUCAAGAUACUCUGUUUUAUUAUCUGUGUAUGUUCUGGAACGUUCUUCUGGAAUACUUUGGUAUUUUUCAAAAGAAUCCUAUAUAAUUGUCUUCCAGAGUUUCACAGAACUAAGUUUGUGGAUGAAAAAAGUUUGAAUUCGAAAGAAAAAAGUUGAGAUUAACCUUAUGUUCAAGAAGCAUCCCAUCUAUUUAUCUUCCAUUGUAAACUGCUUUCCUUUAUUUAGCACAAGCAACUAGGCAUAUGCUAAAUACAUUGUUAUGAGUCUUUUUAGUACUAGGUAGUGUGCUUUUAAAAAUCUGUUGUUGAUUAUUUUUUGGUAGGAUACUUGUGAAUUUUAUGUUUGUUCUUAUAAUGGCAGGUCAGGUGAGAAUCCGAACUGUGAUAUUUAUCAUGCGUCUCAUAAAGAUGCUCCGCAAUUUGUAAAAAUUCUUGGUUGGUGACACAGAAAUGGAAACCUUGUACACUUGCAGUAGUUUCCCUAUUUCAAUUCAGUUUAAGUUGUACUUGUUGAUAUUUUAUAAUGACUUUAAAAGAAUACAGAACUUGUGCAGAACUGAAGGUACUUGGUGAGAUCAUGUAGGAUGCACUACAAAAGGGUUAGGUGGUUUUCUAAAGAGGUGCAUAGGGGUUCUGCCACAGAAAGCUGGGAAAUAAAUUUUAAAGCAUUCUGUAAAUCACUUUUUGAGAAAAAUCUAUUUGGUUUCUUUAUGUGGGCUGAUCUAGCCAGCUUGAUCUUCUUACUCUGCUGUCACCAUAUAAAAUCAAGACUGAACACUUGUAAAUGUUGUAUUGAAGUCGACUUACAAGAGUUUGUAACUAUGCUAGCCUAAUACUAAUGCCGAGAAAGGCAGAAAUUAAUUACAAUGCUAUGAAAUACUUCUGCUACUAAGAGACUUUAAAGUGUAGUUUCUAGUUGCUGCAGCUGCCCAACCUACCCUUACUUGUCCUGACUACCUACCUGAUUUAGAGGAUGUCGUCUCUAAGCUUUGUGUUUGUGAUACAGGUAAGCUUUCUUAGCAAGAACCAUUUUAUGUCUGCUUUAGUAGCUUCUGUUUCCUUUUUCCCAUGUGACUGUUUAAUCUAGGUGGCCUUUUUAGCUUUAGUAAUGUUCUCCCAGGACUGAAAUACUCUCUGGGAAACUCUGUAAGAAGAAGUAGAAGCAUUUCCUUUGAAGUUCUAAGCUAGAUGCAACCAACAAAGAGAAUGUGGGCAUGAUGUUUUAAAAACAUGUAUGUUGAUAGCGUUUUCACUUUUCAGCUACUGUCUUAAGAGGUGAUACCAGCUUACAAGAAAGUCUGAUGAGAUCUUGUAUGUUACAACAUUCUCUCUCUUGUUGUUGUUUUGGAAUUAUUGUCCAAUUGGUACACAUGUGGAAGUAAGCAUUACUAAAUGGAGGCUUGUAUUGACAAUGGUGUUUGCAGGUGCAGUGGAUUUAAGACUGUUGGCAUUCCUGAGAGUUUAGUAAUUUAAACUCUGUUCUCUUUUCAUUAUUGCUACUAAAGAUGUUUAACAAUGGUUGAAACUACUCUGAUUUGCUAGGUUAGGUAUGCUGUCAUGUUUAAAGGAAAGGUAGAGAAAACCUUCCUAGGGCAGUUUGAUUAGAGUAGGUUAAAAGCCAGGCACAAGCUGUCCGUGUAUUUUGAUCUUAUACAAGACUUAUUUUGAAGCUCUGUCUUGAAGUAAACUCACAGUUUUGUAUUCUUUGCACCUCCCUUUUUAAAAUGCAAGCUUGCUGUAUUAGACUGUAAGUUUAGCAAGUAAGUGGAAGUCAUAAAUGCACUAAAACUGAAAAGCAAAAGGGGUUAUUCUGUAUUAAAAGCAAUCUUUGCUAUUGUGAUAUGUAACACAGCUUUGUUGCUAACUGAAGACAUACUAUAAAGAUAUUUUUUAUGUUUUUCUAUAAUUGCUCUAAGGAGCCAAAAAAACCCUUGCUGCUCUUAUCUGAAUUAUUUUUUUUUCAAGUUAAUUUUACUGAAUAAGUGCAUCUAUAUUUAAAUCAGCAGACUAUGAAAAUGAAAUACUCAGUGUGGUGGGAACUAGUGAGAUUGAAAGCCUUAUUUGCUAUUGAAAGUUUGAUUGAAGUUUGCUGCAAGGACCUGAAGUCUUGCAGCCAUAUUGCAGAGCUAGCAUUUUAGGAAGGAAUAAACCAGCAGUACGUUGAUUAUUAAUACUAUUUUCCCUUUUUUUUUUCUCUCCCCCUCCCCCAUCACACUAUGUGUAAGGAUGUAAGGGUCUUUUUAUUUCUUUGUCAAACGCAGCAUGUAUUAUUUAGAAGUAGGGGGUAGUACAGAUCAUUCGAAAGUAAGGGGAAUGACUGAGUAUGGUGAGCUCAAGUUACUUGUUCUUUGUGCCAAAAGAUGACUGCUCUCACAGUUAUGACUGCCUCUUUUUCAGAUCACAAUUUUAAGUUGACAGAGCCAGUGGGGGAAAUUGUUGAAGGGGUUGAGGGGAAAACUGGAGAUAAUCGAGGUGUGUUGGCAUUACUACAAUGCAGGGUAAGACUGUAAGGAGGAAAUACGCAACUAUGAAGAAAACCAGGCUUUUUUGCAGAUUUGCUGCAAGUAGAACUUAUUUAACCUAGCUCUACCAUUAUUUCCAUCUCUCUGCAAAAUGGCAAGAAGGAGGCUUAUUAUCCCUACUGACAUAUAUUUAUGUUGACAUUAACAGAUAGCUAUUUCAUAUUCUUACCUUGUGUCUGAUAGCAUAGAACUUUGUCUACAUUAAAAGGGCUCAUGUUUUGGUGGCAAUAAGGAUCCUUCUUGUUUGAAACUGAGGCUAUACUAGUUGUUGGGAACUGAGGAUAUCUAUGCCUUGUGAACAGCGUAAAUUCAUUUUCAUUUAAGGUCAGAAGCAUUCUGUGUAUUAUAGGUAUGGGUGAGAAUGUGCUGUGCAGUGUUUGCUUAAUUAAGAGAGGGAAGUUAUUUUUUCAGAUUGCCAAAAUGAUUAUCACGUUACUUGUUGACUUACAAAUGGCUGUCUUGCCAAGUUUUUCAUUUUUAGUUAAGAAUUUUCUUUUCACACUCUGCAUAACCAGACAGUCAGUGUAUAACACUAUCUGUAGUUGAUUAUAUAAUAAUCAUUGUGAUGUUACUGGAUAUAAUGCAAAUCUUGCGUGAAUUAUGCCUGAUAUUAUGCCAGAACAGGUCAUCCCUGCUGUCUUCUCUUGCAGUGUUCAUGCAAACAUUAACAUGUUUGUAACCAAAGAUCUCAUUUAUUAAUGAAAAUAUGUAAGCAUUGCCAGUGCAGUGUUGGCUGAUUUUCCAGGUAAUGUGUGGUGCUGUACAGCUUUUUCAAAUUUUUCACCGGAAAGGACAAGCUGAAAGGUACAAUACAGAUAGCUAACUUUUAUAUUAUUUUUGUAUAAAUAAUUAUCUCUGACAUUUCUUGUAUCUGAAUGUUUAGUUUUAGUACACAGAUUGCCGUAACAAAAGCCAUGGGUCACUUGGUUACUUAGUUAAAAGAUUGCCAAAUGUAGUUUAACUAGACAAAAUAUUUAUUAUAACAAAUUUAUUGUUGUACCGAGCAGUGGCAAUCAGUAGAAUUUAUUUGAGGGAUGGGAGUGUUUGGUUUUGUUUAUUUUUUUUUUAACAUAGUGGCAUGCCUUGUUCCUUUAGAGUAACUUUUCCCAAAAAUUAUUUGGACAUACAGAUAUUUGAAAGUUAAAGUUGUGUCUUGGGACUGAGGUCAAAAUGGACUGGGAUCUUUUCGUAACAACUGUGUUUCAGAUGAUUGUAUUUCAUACUCUUCUGUUGUGAUAAUAACCGAGUUUUGUUUCAUUGUUUGUUUUUUUCCUAAAAUAUAAAGUAUGUUCUAAACACAAGGACUCCAGUCUGAUUGGAGGAUUCAAAAUAGGCAAGAGUGAGCAGGUGCACAAGAAGCUGGGAGGGGACACAGCCAGGACAGCUGACCCAAGCUAGCCAAAGGGAUAUUCCAUACCAUAGAACAUCAUGCUUAGCAUAUAAACGGGGGGCUGGCUGGAUCGCUGCGCGGGGACUGGCUGGGCAUUGAUCAGCAGGUGGUCUCUGGAUGGCAGACUCUGAAAAGAAAUGCUGUUUUAAGAGACACCAAAGAUGCUAACGAGAAAGAUUAAGCUUUGGGACAUUAAUGCCCAUAUAACCUGUCGUCUGUGCAAUGGAUACCUGAUUGAUGCUACUACUGUAACAGAAUGCUUACAUACUUUCUGUAGAAGCUGCCUAGUGAAAUAUUUGGAGGAAAACAACACCUGUCCCACCUGCAGAAUUGUUAUACAUCAGAGCCACCCAUUACAGUAUAUUGGUCAUGACCGAACAAUGCAAGAUAUUGUUUACAAACUUGUGCCAGGUCUCCAAGAAGCGGAAGUGAAAAAGCAAAGGGAGUUUUAUCACAAACUGGGCAUGGAAGUUCCUGGGGACAUCAAAGGGGAGACAUGUUCUGCAAAACAGCACCUAGAUUCCCAUCGAAAUGGUGAAGCUAAAACAGAUGAAAAUUCAAACAAAGAAACUUCAGAGGAAAAACAGGAAGAAGAUAAUGACUACCACCGAAGUGAUGAACAGGUGAGCAUCUGCUUGGAAUGCAAUAGCAGCAAAUUGCGUGGAUUGAAACGAAAAUGGAUUCGUUGCUCAGCACAAGCAACAGUCCUGCAUCUAAAGAAGUUCAUUGCCAAAAAACUUAACCUGUCUUCUUUUAACGAGCUGGACAUAUUAUGCAACGAAGAGAUUCUUGGCAAGGACCACACGCUGAAGUUUGUAGUUGUUACUAGAUGGAGAUUUAAGAAAGCACCUCUACUGCUGCAUUACAGACCCAAAAUGGACUUGCUGUGAGAGAACUUUAUUGUCCUUCUGGACAGAGUUUUUUGCAGAGACUAUCAUCUGGCACCUUCUUAGUGCAUCACUAAUCACAUGACACAAACCAGCCGAAUAAUUUUAGAAGACUGUAGCGCUUUCAUAGUGGACUGUCCUGAAUAUUUCUUCUAGCGAUGUGUUACCUAGAUUUCUGGAUAGAAUCUAUUUAUACUUUUUUUGUAUGGAAGAAAGAAGUCUCAACUCAACAGGACACUACCAGCACUAAAUUUACAGAUACUGAAAACACUUCACAGUUCCAUGUAGCUCAGCCUGAUUUAUCUCUUAGAGUUACAUAAAAAUAAGUUAGAAUGUUGUGGGAUGUUUUAAAAAUGUUGCUUUUGACACCAGGUUACAUUUAGUUACUUUUCACAUCCUGAAUCUUUAAAAACUAUAUUUUUGCAAAGUGUUAUUGUCUUAUCCAGUAUGCCUGAUUGCAUUGGUUUUAUUAAAGUUAUUCUGUAGAGCAUUAAACAUACCUAAUGAUACAGUGACUGGUGGUAACUUAUUAUGCUGCAUCAAAAACCUCUGAAAAUCUGGGAAACCAAUAAGUUUGCAUUUUUUCCCAGUUACUGCUUUUCCUGACUUUGUGUUUUAGUAAAGUUUUGAUACUUCCCUAUGCAUGUUGAUUUGGUAAGAUUAAUAUGAAUAAUUUCAGUUGAUUUUACUGUGCCCUGACAUUUUGCGGUGGCAUAAAUUGCACCACGUAAUGACAGAUACUCAAAAGUGCUAGAUUUGUGAACUUUUAAAAAGAUAAACAUUUCUUAUGUAGUUGUGGCUUGCAGAAAUCAGUUUUUCAUUUAGGGAGAAUUUGCUCUCACUAACUAUUGAAACACUGGCUCUUGGACAACUUCGGGCGAUACUGCUUAUUUUUCAUUUCACUGAUCAAAGAAUUCCUCAGACCAUUAUGAACAGCUUUAUUUUCUUUACCUGUUUUCUUAUGAAACCAUAGAAUUUUCUUUAGCACAAUUCCUAGCUGUCUUGUGGAGGAGGUGGGGAUCAAACAAGAUUAUCUUAGCACCUUCUGGCCUUAACUGAUAAUUUUGCUUGCAUCAGCCCUAAUGGAUGCAAGGUAAUACACAUGCAUGUAUGUAUGUGUGCAUACAUCUAUACGCAGAUAUAUGUUAUGGAAUGCACCCUGAAUAGCACUUAGCAGGGUUCACUGCACUUUUUUUAAGGCUUUUUGGAAUAGUUAGCUUUUAGAAAAUGGUAAUUGGAAGUGAUUUCUGCAAGCUGUAUACAGUAUAGCUUAUGUAGUAUGAUUGUGAGAGUUUUUGUCUGACACAGGGGUCAAGUCACUGAAAACAGGCUAUACCGUAUUAUUGGCAGCUGGAAAUAGUUAACCUUCUAAUUUUUGGGAGAGUUUUCCAGUCUGCUAAAAUGCUAGUUGCUAUGCCUAAUACUAAACCCUGCUAUUUUUUUUGAUAAAUUGUCUUGGAAUAAGAAAACAAGCUUGCCUGUAACUGCCCUAUUUCCUCUAGCUGUGCUCCUUCCCCUCGUAUGCUAGAAGGUAUUACUUGUUACUCGAUAAUAGGAAGCUGGUACCGCAAGAGAUUUAUCCAAGCAUUUUAAAUCUUCUUCCUCUUCUUGAGUUUUCAAAGUACCAAAUUCCUCAGCGUGUGUCCCGUAAUUUCCUUCUUUGGAGUCUUCAGUUCUCCUUUCUCAGCUCUGCUGCUGCAGAAGGGAUGCUCCAAAUUGUGUUUCCCUUUGAAAAAAGGGGUCCUAAUUUUUAAUUACAGUCACAGAUAUGAGUAGGAAGGAAAUCAAAAAGUAUGCAAGCAGAGAAUGAAAGGAAGCCUACUGAACUGUGGAGAUGGAGAGCCACACAAAGGCCAAAAAAGUACUGUUGUCCCUGAAGAUAAGGGUAUAGGAUAGCUGCAUUUGAAUGUUUGGGUUAUGCAGAACUCCACAUCUGGGUUGGGUGGCUGGGUUUGUGUAGGGGGUGUGUGUGCAUGCAUAUGAGCAAUGGAAUCAAACUUGGCUCUGAUUGUGUCUUAGUGUUUGUGAACUCAGAUAUAUGUAUGUUAGCUUUUUUUUCUGUCUUUAACAUUACUUGAACUGGCAGAAAAGAACAAAUGAGAUCAUGGGUCUACCAUUUUUAUAAACUUUUCAAAACAGUGAAUGCAGGUAGUAUGGAUGUGUACACAAACUGACAUACUGGGCCUUUCUGGAGCUGUUCAUGUAGUUGUUACUGUCCUAGUGUAAAGGGACUGGCUGUAGCCACUGAGGCACUGAGAAUAUGAACAGGACUGUAACUGUCCACCCUCUGUGCACCCUGAGUACACAAGCACUGGCUGUACCUGAUGUAGACACAAAAUUAAAGCUGCCUGACAGCAUUCUGAUUAACCACCUUCAUCAAGAUGUAUACACACAUAAGAACAAAUAUAUAUAUAUAUAUGUAUAUGAGAUCUGUCUACCUCAGAGUAUGUAUACUGCAGAAAUGUUUUGUACGACUAGAUACCGAUGCAGUGCUGUUAAAGUAUAUUGGGAUUUUAGUACUUCCCUGUGAACUUGUGCAACUGAGAAAUUAGUUACAAGCAUGCGAAUUGAGAAGCCUGUUAAAUUUAUCUCUUGCUGUAACAAUCGACAGUACAGAACAUGUAUUUAUAAGUUUAUAACCAUCUUUAGCAUCACUCAAAUUUGUUAUGGUGCUAUCAAUAUAUUGAAAACUCUGUUUAUACCUACAGAAAUACAUACAUUCAAGCCAGUAUUAAUACCUACAGCCAUUUGGCUUUUUUUCUCAUAAUUAUCUGUAACCGAUUUUGCAAUGUUUUAAUCUGAUAAAACCUCACCAGGGAAAAGAAAAAAAGAAACAAAAAAACCCAAACCCACUCAGUUAUUUUUCUAAACCGCCUGUCACAUCUUCUCUAUAGAAAUUCUUUCCCUCAGGAGGGAUGUGACUGUAUCUGGACCGUGUGUUAAUUUCCUUUAGCCUCACUAAAAGACUACAUUGCAAUUGGAUUGAGGUCAGAGGGAGGCCUUCUUUGGGUCAGAGCCUUGUUUCACUUCGGUGAAGCUUAAGAGACAGUUAAUUUAUAUCAAGAUUAUAUUGGGUAAAGUAACACCGAUACUGUUCAAAGUUGGACUAAAAGUUGGACUCAGCAUAGAUAUCUCUUAGUCCUAGUGAGAUCAUUAGUUUGUUUUGGCCUCAUGAAGAUGCCAUUACUGUGAAGUAAUUUUCACAAUUGCUUAUGCUGGUAAAUAAUUGCAGUAAAGAAGUAUCUUGUUGCAUUAUCCUUAGCAGCAGUGAGGCUGAUGAAUCACCCAGGCUCAGAGUCUCAUUAAAUAUAGUUUCAUUAAAAAUAGAGAAUUCAGAUAGAAUAUAUAAUAUUGAAUUUAAAUAAGAUUUGGGGUUUUAAAUUUUAACUUUAUAAAAUUAUUUAUUCUAUUUUAAGCCUUCUGUCUUAUUUUACCAUCCAAGUAUUUUUGGUUUCAGUGGUCCAGCUUUAUUUACGGGCAUAUAAAAUGAAAUUGUAAGAUGUUUUUACAAGCUUCUUCCUUUUACCUUGAGUUUGAGUAGCUUUUAUUUGUAUUUUGUUUUCUGUGGAUAAAGAGCAUUACUUAUGCUUUUGUGCAAUAGGUUUGAAACAUGUAUUUCUUAGGCAUAUGUUUAAAUUGUAAAUGUAACAUCUACUUACCCUUAAAUUUGAAAGGAAUGUAGAUGGCUUUUCUCACUUGUUCAAAUGGGGGUUUAUUUGGGGCUAUUAUUUGGGGGUGUGUUUUUUGAUUUGUUUCUUUUUUUAUUUUAAGAGUGAAGUGUGGGAUUUAAAUUUGUGUAAGUACAAGAACUUAUCUGUCAGCAAUAUUUUAAAAUAAAUGAUCUUGCAAGAAACCUUAAUGUGAAUUGUGGAAGCAAUCGGCAAGACUUGCAGCCUAUCUGAAAAUGUUUUGUGCCAUUGUUAUGUCUGGUAUAUUUGUGUACCAUCAAACCUGGGAAUAUUUAUUUUUAUUGGUUGUGCAAUAGUAUACACAACACUAUCACCUCUGGGGAUAUGGGACCAUAAAAAAUAUCAGACUACAGCUAUGAUGGUGCUAUUUUUUUCCAAUAGGCUAUAAGCCUUUGAAAGCUUAUCUGGCUCUUAUUGUCUUUAUAACAACAUUGUUAGUCCUAGGAGAUUCAUUUGAGUUUUUUCUACUAGAUGAUAAAUAUAACCAUACAACUAGACUAUUUUACAGCAUCUUACCAUUGAGCUAAAUAUAAUAGGAAAAAGCCAACCACUCUGUACAUCAGCAAGAUGAAUCUUUAAGUACUUAAAAUGCAUUUUGUACAGAAGGCUUGACUGUACAGAAAAAUCAAGUUUCUGUAUUUCCUCAGGUAAUCACUUCAGUUUGGAUGUUUCACUGGAAAUGUUAAUGCAACCUAUACUUCAGUUAGUCUGCCUACAGUUGGUAACAAGGCAAAAAAUUGUUCCACACGCUAAAAUCUCUACGUAAGAUAUAGUUAACUGUAACUAAGGUCUUGACAUCUGUUGCUGAAGUAAAAAGUUCCAGAAAGAAAAACAUUAGGCAACAUGGAACAAUACUUCAAUCUCUGCUUUAAUCAAAACUUGCAAUCAGUACAAACAUUUUCUGGGAAUUUGUGUCUUGUGGCAAGUCAACAGUAAUGUUUUACUGGGGAGUUAUGGUUUAUUUAUAUACAAAUUAAAGCUGUUGUCCUGCUGUUUGAUCCAUGUUUGGUCAUCCUUCAGGAUUCUUGGAAAUUUUUCAAAGCCACAAUGACCUGUACAGAUCCUAGUGGUAAGGUAGGAACUAAAUGUCCAAUUCUAUGAACACUGAUGUUGGUAACUUUGUGGAACCAUCCAGAUUAUUAGAAGAAGCCAGUGUGAUCAUUCUUGCAAACGGUUAGGUGUGGCUGAAGGAAGGAGCCCUGGUUUUUGAAUACUGAUGUUCCAGUAUGUUUUUUUAGUAUUUUUAUUUGAAACUCAAAGCAUUGGUUUAACAGAAUCUUGAAUUCAAGUGACUUGUCUGGACAAAAGGAGAGUUUGUUCUUUCCUUCUGCAACAAGAUUAUUUGAUUGUUAAGGGACAAUAAGCCAGUGCAACCACUAAGCCUUUAUCCUCAUAUGUGGCAUAAUAAAGAUUCUGGAACUGUCACAGUGUAAAACCAUAUUUUUGGCUUAGCUUCAUUUGAAAGUUUACAAUUUUUUAUGCUUUGUGUUGCUGUGUAAUUUUUGUACUAUUGGUGGCUAGUUUUGUCUGAAUAAGCCUUUUGGGAUUAUUGCUUAAUGUUUUGAUUUUAUGAUAGUGAAGCUUGUAUCCAGUGUUUUGCCAAUUAAUAUUAUAUGCUUGUUAAUAAAAGCAGAGAAACUAACUGAAA